GACUCCAGAGGAAGGACCCGAAGCUUUCCUUGCCCUCACCUCUCCACGGCUUCCUCUCCUCCCCACCAAAGCCAUGCAGCCUCCUCUGCUCUCCUCCAUCCCGCCUUCCCCCUUCUCCCCGGGGAUCCCCAUCUCCCACCGGAGCUGCUGACGGUGCCAGGAUCCCUCCAGGAGCCAUGGGAUUUGUGCCCAACCUCACUCCCUGACCAGCGCCGGGUUCCUGGCCAGGAGCUCCGUCCCAGCUUCGGCGAUGAGCGGGGUUUGUUUUCCCGUGGAGCAUCUUUCCUUCUGCCUCCUCCUGAGCGCCUGGAGCUGGGGCUGGGUGCCCGGGGGUGCUGCCAAACCCAAAGGCCAAGGCUACCCCCACAUGAACUCCAUCCGGAUUGACGGGGACAUCACCCUGGGGGGGCUUUUCCCCGUGCACGGCCGGGGGGCUGAGGGCAAACCCUGCGGGGAGCUGAAGAAGGAGAAGGGCAUCCAUCGCCUGGAGGCCAUGCUCUUCGCCUUGGACCGCAUCAACAACGACCCCGAGCUGCUCCCCAACAUCACCCUGGGUGCCCGGAUCCUGGAUACCUGUUCCCGGGAUACCCACGCCCUGGAGCAGUCACUGACCUUCGUGCAAGCCCUGAUCGAGAAGGACAGCACCGAGGUGAGGUGCCUCAGCGGGGGACCCCCCAUCAUCACCAGGCCCGAGAGGGUGGUGGGGGUCAUCGGGGCCUCGGGCAGCUCUGUCUCCAUCAUGGUGGCCAACAUCCUGAGGCUCUUCAAGAUCCCCCAGAUCAGCUACGCCUCCACUGCCCCCGACCUGAGUGACAACACUCGCUACGACUUCUUCUCCCGGGUUGUCCCCUCUGACACCUUCCAGGCCCAAGCCAUGGUGGACAUUGUCAAAGCCCUCAAGUGGAACUACGUCUCCACCUUGGCCUCUGAAGGCAGCUACGGAGAAAGCGGCGUGGAAGCCUUCAUCCAGAAAUCCAGGGAGGAUGGGGGGUUGUGUGUGGCCCAGUCUGUCAAGAUCCCACGGGAGCCCAAGCCAGGAGAGUUUGACAAGAUCAUCCACCGGCUCCUGGAGACCUCCCAUGCCCGGGCAGUCAUCAUCUUUGCUAACGAAGAUGACAUCAGAAGGGUGCUGGAGGCUGCCAAGAGGGCCAACCAAACGGGACACUUCAUCUGGAUGGGCUCCGACAGCUGGGGCUCCAAGAUUUCCCCCGUCCUACACCUGGAGGAGGUGGCCGAGGGCUCUGUCACCAUCCUGCCCAAGCGGGUCUCUGUCAGAGGUUUCGACCGCUACUUCUCCAGCAGGACACUGGACAACAACCGGAGGAACAUUUGGUUUGCUGAGUUCUGGGAGGACAAUUUCCACUGCAAGCUGAGCCGCCACGCGCUGAAAAAAGGGAGCAGCAUCAAGAAGUGCACCAACCGGGAACGGAUCGGGCAGGAUUCCUCCUAUGAGCAGGAAGGGAAGGUCCAGUUUGUCAUCGACGCCGUCUACGCCAUGGGCCACGCUCUGCACAACAUGCACAAAGCUCUCUGCCCUGGCAAGGUGGGGUUGUGCUCCAGGAUGGACCCCGUGGAUGGUGUGGAGCUGCUCAAGUACAUCCGCAACGUCAACUUCUCAGGCAUUGCUGGGACUCCUGUGACCUUCAAUGAGAACGGGGACGCUCCGGGGCGUUACGACAUUUACCAGUACCAGAUCAGGAACUCCACUCCUGAGUACAAAGUCAUCGGGCAAUGGGCUGACCACCUCCACCUCCAAGUGGAAAACAUGCUGUGGCCAGGGGGUGGGAGCCAGCUGCCCAGCUCCAUCUGCAGCUUGCCCUGCAAGCCUGGUGAGAGGAAGAAGAUGGUGAAGGGCAUCCCCUGCUGCUGGCACUGCGAGCGCUGCGACGGGUACCAGUACCAGCUGGACGAGUUCCACUGCAAGAGGUGCCACUUCACCGAGCGGCCCAACGAGAACCACACCGGCUGCACCCCCAUCCCCAUCAUCAAGCUGGAGUGGAGCUCCCCGUGGGCCGUGGUCCCCGUUAUCAUUGCUGUCUUGGGCAUCCUGGCCACCCUCUUCGUGGUGGUCACCUUCGUGCGUUACAAUGACACGCCCAUCGUCAAGGCGUCGGGGCGGGAGCUGAGCUACGUCCUGCUGACUGGCAUCUUCCUCUGCUAUGCCACCACCUUCCUGAUGAUCGCCGAGCCCGCCGUGGGCACCUGCUCCCUGCGUCGCAUCUUCCUGGGGCUGGGCAUGAGCAUCAGCUACGCCGCGCUGCUCACCAAGACCAACCGCAUCUACCGCAUCUUCGAGCAGGGCAAGAAGUCGGUCAGCGCCCCCCGGUUCAUCAGCCCCGCGUCCCAGCUCGUCAUCACCUUCAGCCUCAUCUCCCUCCAGCUCCUGGGGGUCUGUGUCUGGUUCAUCGUGGACCCUUCCCACUCCGUUAUCGACUACGAGGACCAGCGGACUACAAACCCCCACUUUGCCCGGGGCGUCCUCAAGUGUGACAUCUCGGAUCUGUCCCUCAUCUGUCUGCUCGGGUACAGCAUGCUCCUCAUGGUCACCUGCACUGUCUAUGCUAUUAAGACCCGGGGGGUCCCAGAGACCUUUAACGAAGCCAAACCCAUCGGGUUCACCAUGUACACCACCUGCAUCGUGUGGUUGGCCUUCAUCCCCAUAUUUUUUGGGACCUCGCAGUCGGCGGAAAAGAUGUACAUCCAGACCACCACCCUCACCAUCUCAGUGAGUCUGAGUGCCUCGGUGUCCCUGGGUAUGCUCUACAUGCCCAAGGUCUACAUCAUCCUCUUCCACCCCGAGCAGAACGUCCCCAAGCGCAAGCGGAGCCUCAAGGCGGUGGUGACAGCGGCCACCAUGUCCAACAAGUUCUCACAGAAAGGGGGAGGUUUCCGACCCAACGGAGAGGCCAAGUCGGAGCUCUGUGAAAAUUUGGAAACCCAAGCACUGGCCACCAAACAGACCUACGUCAGCUACAGCAACCAUGCAAUUUAGGUCCUGCUGAAUCCUGCCCCAGGGGGAGGCUCUGGACCCCGAGGGAGCUGAGUCCCAGCACCCAUGGGAGGACGCUGGAAGGGGAGUCCCAUGGGACAGGACAAGAAGGAGACAGCAAAUGGGGACACACACACACACAUUCCUGGCCAGUCUGCUGAGCAAGAGCUCCCAGGGAAGUUGGUGAGCCACAACAGCAGCAAAAAAAAAGAAACACUAAAAAUCCAAGCACCACCCACCGUGACAAUGCAUGGCUCCCCACGGAGGAAAAGGGACAGGUGAGCAGGGGGGAGGUGGCAUGGGGGGGGGAAAGAGGUGAUGGAGCUCAGAAAGUCUUUGGGUUUGGGUUUUUGGGUUUUUUUUUCUGUAUCUUGGCAAAAAAAAGAAAAAAAAAAACAACCAAAAAAAAAAAUCCACCACCCAACGUUUUCCCUUUUUUGGAAUUUGUGAGGUCGUUUGUGGUUGUGCAGAACCUUCUGUUUUCUCUUUAUUUCCUUUUUUUUUUUUCUUACUCCUUCAUUUUCUUUUGUUCCUGUCUUCCUCCGUCCCUCUUCACUCGCUCUCCCCUAUCCUCCCAAAUCCUCUGUGUUGCAAAAAGGAAAAAAUAAAUAAAAAAAAAAAACCCAUAAAAUUUAACUGAAGAACAGGCAACGAAAUAAAACGACAUAAAACCUAGACUGUGUUCAAAGUGCUGGUUUCUAUAGGUGGUUAAUUAAUGUAUGUGAUGACCAUAUGGAUUGAAAUCUGUCUGCUUUAUGUACUGACCAAUCAAAAAAGAAAAACACACACACAAAAAAAAAUAAAUUCAGUGCCUGGAUGUUUAUGAAUUAUUGGAUGACUGUGUAGAGCAUGAUCAUUUUUAUACAAGGAGAUUUCUAAUAAAAAAAACCAUGGUUUUGCACUCAG